AUGGCCGACGCAAACUACUUUACUUGCACGCUUGGACAGGCCGCCCAGCGCAAGCAACAAGGCCUCGAUGGCGUGCACUCGGCCAGGACAGUCGUCGAGCUGGUUGACGAGCAGGCCAGACUCUUUCCCCAGCGCCCGGCCCUCGGCUUUGCGCCCUUGACAGGCAAGACGCCCGACGACACAAUCAUCUCGUUCCAAGGGCUCCGCGACUUGUCGCUGUCUGCGGCGCAAGCCUUGUCCGGCUUGAUAGGGCCGCCGCCCGGCGGCGACGGAGCGGCGCCCACCGUCGGACUGCUGAGCACGAGCAGCGCCGACUUUGUCUCGACGCUGCUCGGGCUCAUGCGCCUGGGGUGGUCGACGCUGCUACUGGCUCCUCGGUUGCAGCCGCCGGCGAUUGAGCACCUUUGCGCUGUUUUGAAGGUCCAAGCCAUCUUCGUCGAUGGCCGUCAUCGGGAACAGGGCCAGUGCAUUGACGGCGGCAUCAGAGUCCUCGACAUCCCCCCCUAUCGCGAGCAUCACGAGACGUGGCCCGGAGAAUGCCGCCAGGUGCCCGAUGUCGCAUACUGGCUCCACACGUCAGGCACGUCGUCUGGUCUGCAAAAGCCCAUCGCCCAGAGCCAUGCUGGCGUGGUCGGGGCUCUCCCGCGCUUUGCCGACGGAGAGAAUGCCGCCACCUUCUCGGCCACGCCCUUGUAUCACGGAGGCCUCGCAGACUGCCUCCGGGCCUGGACCAGCGGCGCCAUGAUUUGGUGCUUCCCCGAGGGCCAUGCACCAAUCACCACGGCCAACCUCGUGAGCGCCAUCGCCUUUGCUCGCGCCGCAAGCCGCGUCCCGGUCAAGUACCUUUCGUCGAUGCCCUCUGUCCUCCAGUGGCUCGCCGAGGAGGACCGCGGCGUCGAGCUCCUGCGGACCAUGGACCUGGUUGGCGUGGGCGGUGCGCCCCUGGCGGCUCCCGUGGGUGACAAGCUAGUCCGCGCUGGCGUCAAGCUCCUGUCGCGCAUGGGCAGUGCCGAGUGCGGCUUUCUCAUGUCGUCCCACCGAGACUACUCGGCCGACGCCGAGUGGCAGUAUUUGCGGCCCGUCGAUGACGCGAGCCUCCUUGAGUUUGAGCCUCGCGAGGAUGACUUGUGCGAGCUGGUCGUGAAGCCGGGCUGGCCGUGCAUGGCCAAGACGAACCGCGCUGACGGCUCCUACGCCACCUCGGACUUGUUUGAGGCACACCCCUCAAGGCCAAACGCGUGGCGCCAUCACAGCCGAGCCGACGCCCAGAUCAUGCUCGUCAAUGGAAAGAAGUUCGAUCCUUCGCCAAUGGAGGCAGACAUCUUGGCUUCGACAAAGCUGUUUCAAGAUGUGCAAAUCUUUGGGAGUGGCAGGGACUAUGCCGGCAUCCUCUUGUUCCCAGCCAGUGGCGAGCUCCCUCCCGAGGAGCUCGUCGAUGCAGCAUGGUCUGUGGUAGACAGGGUAAAUUCGGCAACGCAGAGCCACGCCCGGAUUCCGAGGUCAAUGUUGCUCGUCGUGUCCGUGUCUGCGCAAGGGGGAGAGAGGUCUCUUGACAAGCGCAGCAAGGGAACGAUUCUGCGCCGCCAGGCCGAGGAGAGAUACGUAGAUGUGAUAGAGGCCGCGUACCAGAGGCCAAUGGCCAUGUCACCUGGUUCCACGCCGGUCAAAGACGAGGAUCUGCUCUCGGCCGUGCUGGACUGCUUUCGUCGGGUUCUCGGGCGCCAGGUCGACGCUCAUCAAGAUCUCUUCAAGCAGGGCGUGGACUCCAUGGCCUGCAUCCAGGUGCGGAACCUGAUCGAGGCGACGUGUUUGUCGCCACUCGGGAAACAACGCCUGCCCUCAAACGUCGUCUACGACUGGGGAACCGUCGAGGAACUGACGGCGUACCUGCGUCGAGUCCGCAACGCCAGCCGACCUGCUGGAAACGAUGCAGACGAGGGAGAUGACGACAAGGCGCGGCUCAAGGCCAUGUACGACCUCGCUGAGAAAUACAGCGACUUUGGAGGAAGCUUCGGCGCGGCGCCGCGGGUCAAGGACGGCACCGUCGUGGUGCUCACAGGCGCAACGGGGUUUCUGGGCGUGUACGUGCUGCAUCGGCUCCGGCAGGACGCGCGCGUCAAAGCAGUAUAUUGCCUCGUCAGGGCGCGGUCCCCGCACGCGGCUCGCGCGCGCGUCUCGGCGGCGCUGGCGGAUCGCGGCAUGCCCGACCUAGAGCAGCCCGAAGGCAGUUUCGAGAGGGGAUGCCGCGGCAGCAGAAAAGUGGCGUGCCUCCCGUGCGGCCUGGUCGACGCACAUCUGGGCUUGGCGGAGAGAGAGUGGCGGCGCAUAGUGGAAGAAGCCACUGUCGUGGUCCACGCGGCCUGGACAGUCAACUUUAGACUCCGCCUCGACUCUUUUGAGGACCAGAUUGCGGGGACGCGCAACUUGAUCGGCCUGGCGAUGGAGAGCGGUGCGCGCUUCUUCUUCAUCAGCUCCUUUACGGCCAUGCUGCGCGUGGGCACCCCGACGGCGGCGGAGAGGCUAUCCGAAGACGCCUCGGACGCCUUGCCGAUAGGCUACUCUGGAUCAAAAUGGGUCGCUGAGCGGGUCUGCGCGGCAGCCUGCAGGCACCUUGCUGGCGGCGGCGGCAUCGACGGGAGCAGUGUGCAGGGUCCUCGCCGUUGCUCCGUGUCCGUUAUCCGCGGUGGCCAGCUCUGCGGCGACGAGAUGGGUGCCUGGAACGCUACGGAGAUAUACCCGCUCGGACUUGGCUUGGGACGCAUCAUGGGGUGCCUGCCGGGGGCACCUGAUGUGAUUGCGGACUGGAUGCCGGUAGAGCUUGCAGCGCAGGCCAUACUGGAGAUUGCCCUGCCGGACGAAAACAUGGCCCCCGGCAGGGAGAGCGAGGACGGCAGCGCAAGGCAGGCCGAGGUGGGAACGGCCGUGUAUCACGUCUUGAACCCGCAUACCACGCCGACAUGGGACCAAUGGAUGCAGUGGAUCGCGGAAGCAGAACAGGCCGAGGGCCGUCCUCUUGACCUGAUGCCGACCGAAGAGUGGUUCAACCGCCUCGAGGGCGCCUUCACAGCGUCAGGCAUGUGGCACCCGUACUUGCCCCUGUUUCCGCUCUUCAAGAGCGAGUUGACCCACCGGAAGACGGGUGAUGUUGGCGACAAUCAGGCGCAGCCGGUGCUCGUGUUUGAAACUGGCCUGACGAGGCGGGUUUCGGCGACAAUAGACGGCAUUAAGCCGCUGGAUCGGAAGAGGAUGUUGGCCAUGUGGAAAUGGAUAUGCAGGAACACGAAGGUUUUCGGCUAG